AUGGCGGGGGCGCCGCGCGGCGGAGGCGGCGGCGGAGGCGGCGGCGCGGGCGAGCCCGGGGGCGCCGAGAGGGCGGCCGGGCCGGGCGGCCGGCGCGGGCUGCGGGCGUGCGGCGAGGAGUUCGCGUGCCCCGAGCUGGAGGCGCUGUUCCGCGGCUACACGCUGCGGCUGGAGCAGGCGGCCACGCUGAAGGCGCUGGCCGUGCUCAGCCUGCUGGCCGGCGCGCUGGCGCUGGCCGAGCUGCUGGGCGCGCCGGGGCCCGCGCCCGGCCUGGCCAAGGGCUCGCACCCGGUGCACUGCGUCCUGUUCCUGGCGCUGCUCGUGGUCACCAACGUGCGCUCCCUGCAGGUGCCCCAGCUGCAGCAGGUCGGCCAGCUGGCGCUGCUGUUCAGCCUCACCUUCGCGCUGCUCUGCUGCCCCUUCGCGCUGGGCGGCCCCGCGGGGGGCUCCGCGGGCGCGGCGGCGGGGCCGGCGGCCGCCGAGCAGGGGGUCUGGCAGCUGCUGUUGGUCACCUUCGUGUCUUAUGCCCUGCUGCCCGUGCGCAGCCUGCUGGCCGUCGGCUUCGGGCUCGUGGUGGCUGCCUCGCACUUGCUGGUCACCGCCACCUUGGUCCCCGCCAGGCGCCCUCGUCUCUGGAGGACGCUCGGCGCCAACGCCCUGCUCUUCGUGGGCGUGAACAUGUAUGGCGUGUUCGUGCGCAUCCUGACCGAGCGCUCACAGCGCAAGGCCUUCCUGCAGGCACGGAGCUGCAUUGAGGACCGGCUGCGGCUGGAGGACGAGAAUGAGAAGCAGGAGCGGCUCCUCAUGAGCCUCCUGCCCCGCAACGUCGCCAUGGAGAUGAAGGAGGACUUCCUGAAGCCCCCUGAGAGGAUCUUCCACAAGAUCUACAUCCAGAGACACGACAACGUGAGCAUCCUGUUUGCGGACAUCGUGGGCUUCACGGGGCUGGCGUCCCAGUGCACGGCCCAGGAGCUGGUCAAACUUCUCAACGAGCUCUUUGGCAAGUUCGAUGAAUUAGCCACGGAGAACCACUGUCGCCGCAUCAAGAUCCUCGGGGACUGCUACUACUGCGUGUCGGGCCUCACCCAGCCCAAGGCCGACCACGCCCACUGCUGCGUGGAGAUGGGACUGGACAUGAUUGACACCAUCACGUCCGUGGCCGAGGCCACUGAGGUGGACCUGAACAUGCGUGUGGGGCUGCACACGGGCCGUGUGCUCUGCGGCGUGCUGGGCCUGCGCAAGUGGCAGUAUGACGUGUGGUCCAAUGACGUGACCCUGGCCAACGUCAUGGAGGCCGCCGGCCUGCCCGGGAAGGUUCACAUCACAAAGACAACCCUGGCCUGCUUGAACGGGGACUACGAGGUGGAGCCGGGUCACGGGCAGGAGAGGAACAGCUUCCUGAGGGCCCACGACAUCGAGACGUUCUUUAUCGUGCCGUCGCAUCGCAGGAAGAUCUUCCCAGGCCUGAUUCUCUCAGACAUCAAACCGGCCAAGCGGAUGAAGUUCAAGACCGUGUGCUACCUGCUGGUGCAGCUCAUGCACUGCCGGCGCAUGUUCAAGGCCGAGAUCCCCUUCUCCAACGUCAUGAGCUGUGAGGAUGAUGACAAGAGGAGGGCGCUGAGGACAGCCUCGGAAAAAGUCCGAAACCGCUCGUCCUUCUCGACAAACGUCGUCUACGCCACGCCGGGCUCGCGUGUCAACAGGUACAUCAGCCGCCUCCUGGAAGCCCGCCAGACAGAACUGGAGAUGGCCGAUCUCAACUUCUUCACGCUGAAGUACAAGCACGUGGAGCGGGAGCGGAAGUACCAUCAGCUGCAGGAUGAGUGCUUCACCACUGCCGUUGUCCUCGCCCUCGUCCUGGCUGCCUUGUUCGGCCUCGUCUACCUUCUGAUCAUCCCGCAGAGUGUGGCCGUCCUGCUCCUGCUGGUCUUCUGCAUCUGCUUCCUGGUGGCCUGUGUCCUGUACCUGCACAUCACCCGAGUCCAGUGUUUUCCAGGGUGCCUCACCAUCCAGAUCCGCACUGUCCUGUGCGUCUUCAUCGUGCUCCUGAUCUACUCGGUAGCCCAGGGCUGCGUGGUGGGCUGCCUGCCCUGGGCCUGGCCCGCCAAGGCCAACAGCUCCACGGUGGUCGUGGCAGCCGGCGGCCGGCGCACUGUGCUGCCCGCCGUGCCCUGUGAGUCUGCGCCGCACGCCCUGCUCUGCUGCCUGGUGGGCACCCUGCCGCUGGCCGUGUUCCUGCGCGUGUCCUCCCUGCCCAAGAUGGUCCUGCUGUGCGGGCUCACUGCCUCCUACAUCCUGGCCCUGGAGCUCAGCGGCUACGGCAAGGCCGGGGCCGGAGCCGCCCCGGGGCGCAGCUACGAGCCGGUCAUGGCCAUCCUGCUCUUCUCCUGCACGCUGGCCCUGCACGCCAGGCAGGUGGACAUCAAGCUGCGGCUGGACUACCUCUGGGCAGCGCAGGCGGAAGAGGAGCGAGACGACAUGGAGCGGGUGAAGGUGGACAACAAGCGGAUCCUGUUCAACCUGCUGCCCGCCCACGUGGCCCAGCACUUCCUUAUGUCCAACCCACGCAACAUGGACCUCUACUACCAGUCCUACUCCCAGGUGGGCGUCAUGUUCGCCUCCAUCCCCAACUUCAACGACUUCUACAUCGAGCUGGAUGGCAACAACAUGGGGGUGGAGUGUCUGCGCCUCCUCAACGAGAUCAUCGCUGACUUCGACGAGCUCAUGGACAAAGACUUUUACAAGGACCUAGAGAAGAUCAAGACCAUCGGGAGCACCUACAUGGCUGCAGUGGGGCUGGCGCCCACAGCCGGCACCAGGGCUAAAAAGUCCAUCUCCUGCCACCUCAGCGCCCUGGCCGACUUUGCCAUCGAGAUGUUCGAUGUCCUGGAUGAGAUCAACUACCAGUCCUACAACGACUUCGUCCUCCGUGUGGGCAUCAACGUGGGCCCCGUGGUGGCCGGGGUGAUUGGCGCUCGCCGACCGCAGUAUGACAUCUGGGGGAACACGGUCAAUGUGGCCAGUCGGAUGGACAGCACUGGGGUCCAGGGCCGAAUCCAGGUGACGGAGGACGUCCACCGGCUGCUGAGAAAGUGCCCCUACCACUUCGUAUGCCGAGGCAAAGUCAGCGUGAAGGGCAAGGGGGAGAUGCUGACCUACUUCCUGGAAGGCAGGACCGACGGGAACGGCUCCCAGCCCAGGUCCCUGAGCCUGGGGCAGAAGAUGUGUCCUUAUGGGAGAGGCGGCCUCCAGGCCAGGCGCCCCCCACUGGGGCCCCCGGCCGGCCCCCUGGUGGGUGCCGGGCUCCCCCAACAGCCCGGUGCCCAGUUCCUGCCCCCUGCAGCCGCUGGGAAGGAGGCCUAG